UGUGACUGAGCACAGAGCGCGCGGAGCAGCGGAGAAGUGUAGCGUACUACAGUCAGCGCGACCAAACCCCUCAGUCCUGUCGAGUGUCGGCAGAAAGGAAUAAACAGGAAUAAACUGUCCACACAGCAAUUUAAUGAAUUCUAAGGACAACAGAGUUCUCGUUGUGUUCAUCUGUACUUAAGCGCUUGGAGAGCAAAGGACACGCUACAGAGGGGAAGUGUGAAGAGGGCUUCUGAAAAGCAUCACAUUUGCCAUCAGCUGGAAGGGAGAGGCAUUUACAGGUACAUAUGGGGCAGGGAGAAGCUUCAGCAAGAAGCACAAGGAUGGAGGGAGACUGUCUCAGUUGCAUCAAGUACCUCAUGUUCAUCUUCAACUUCUUCAUCUUUCUCGGAGGUGCAUUCCUUCUAGGGGUGGGAAUCUGGGUGCUGGUGGAUCCGACAGGUUUCCGGGAGAUUGUGGCAGCCAACCCUUUACUGUUUACUGGAGUCUAUGCAAUUUUGGUCAUGGGUGGGAUGUUGUUCCUCUUGGGAUUCUUGGGCUGCUGUGGUGCCAUACGGGAAAAUAAAUGUCUUCUACUGUUUUUCUUUAUGCUCAUACUCAUCAUAUUCCUGGCAGAGCUCGCCGUAGCCAUUCUGGCCUUCAUAUUCCGAGAGCAUCUCACCAGGGAUUACUUUACCAAGGAGCUGAAAACACAUUACCAAGGCAGCAACAGCAGCGAUGUCUUCACCUCCACGUGGAAUGCCAUCAUGACCACAUUUGAUUGUUGUGGGGUAAAUAGUGCUGAAGACUUCGAUGAUCACAGUCUCUUCAGACGCCUGAACCCCAGCAGACUGGUGCCGGAGGUCUGUUGCCAGAGGAACGAUCUGAUGAUGAGCAGGGAGGAGUGUGUCAAGGGAAUUAUGCCAAUCCGUACCAAGGGCUGUUAUUCGGCAGUGGUGGAUUAUUUUGAGACAUACAUCUAUGUGGCUGGAGCUCUUGCUAUUGUGGUGCUGACUAUUGAACUCUUUGCCAUGGUGUUUGCUAUGUGUUUGUUUAGAGGAAUCCAGUAAUCAACACAAGUUGUACAUAAGGACAUUUUAAGAAGAAAAAAUGGCAUGGGAUGGAGGACACUAAAAAACAGAAGAAAACACUCAUAUAUUUGUCAUCUCGGCGUUUUUAAAGUUACUAAGAAUUACCAAAAAUAACUUAUUACGUACUUCACAGCUGGGACUCUGACGUCUCUGGUAAUGAAAAAUAUUUCAUGUCUGAUUCCUAAAGGAACAGUAUAUACGUCAGUCCUUUAACAUUAUUGGAUGGACAUCUUGCACUGAUAUUUGAAUAUGUUGGCUAUAGAUGACAAAAGAUUGAUUAUUACUGAGUUGUUUUACCUCUUGUCUUAUUCAGCACUGUUCCAGAGCCAUGCCUAAAACAUUACACAGUGUGAAUGUUUGAGUGUGUGUGUGACAGAAAGUACUAUUGUGAGUGUGUUUCUGUACAAAUUCUCAAAACCCAAAAGCUUGUAUAAAGUGUUUUAUGUGCUCAAACCGUGAAUAUUGUGUCAUUUUAGUAUGUAUUUGUGUUGUAUCUAUUGUAACUACUUUGAAUAAUAUUAAAAAUGAACAGUAAAUUCACAUCACUUGUAUGAACAAUUAUUGAACUUAGUUUUGAAGAAAUUAACUGUAUAUUAAUCAAAUGUCAAUCAACAUAUCAGGGAUAAUGCAUCUUGCAAAAAUAUGUCAAACAAACCUAUUAUUUUUCAAAAGUCGUAUUAAUGCUAAAAGAAUGUGUUUAUGAGUGCUGUUUUUAACAGAUUUUUAAAUGAUUUAAUGAAUGUAUUGAUCUUAUGUAGCACAGUUUAAUAAAUAUCUAAACAUUUGUUUACAGAAAAGCAUUACAAGAUACACACACUGCCUGAGGUCUAGUGCCGCACAUUAUAUCAAGAUCAUCUUUCAACUGAGGGGGCUGAAAGAGUUAUACAAUAUACAUACAACGAUGUGAACAGGUUAUAGGCCUGUUUUAGUUCUUUUACUCAAAUCCCUAUAGAGAGUAAUUAUGCUAUAGUGUUUCUAUGAAAAAAAGACAUUUAAGAAUGUAGGAAUUCUUAACCUUCUCCAAAAUGGGGUAUGCAGAAACGUUUUGAAUCCCAAGUUUAAGUCGUCCAUUGUAACCACUAGAGGUCAUCACAAUGUUUUGCUGCCUGGAAUUAUCUGCACUUGUUUGUAAUCACUCAUGGUGUUUAUAUUGUUGUUUCUUGUUAUACAGUGUAAAGCCUGUUUUAUUUAUUGUGCGUUUUUGAGUGUUAUUGGUCAGUGUUUAUGAUUUUAUGUUUGUUUGUUCAAAACACAACAUUAAAGUCUUAGGAAACCUUGUGGAUCCCCUGUGACUUGACUGUUGUGGUUAAGGUGCAUUUAAAUGAUAAGAACAACUUUGUCAAUAAUACAACAAUCUGUAUCUACUUAAAGUAUUAGAUAUUAUCUACUAGAAUUAUCUUGCUUGUUCUAUAAACACCAUGCACUGUGCUGUUUUUUACCUUUUCUGUGUUUUUCUUAUUUUCUCAUUUAAAGCUGCUUUUGAACAAUGCAUUGUGAAAAUCGCUGUAUAAAUAAAAUU